CGCGCAGCCACCACAGAACUAAACUCCUUCUAGACCUCGACUGCAUUUCCCAACACACCACUUUUUUGCAGUUCCAAAGUGCCGAAACAGAAAGUGGGUGGGAUAAUUUGCGAUUCCAGAAAGGAAGAAAACUCUGUAUCAGUGACAGGGACAGACAAGCACGAUAAUAAUAAUGAUCCGCUAACUGUGAACGUCCGUAGCUUCCGCACGGGUCAGCUGUUCCGUUUCCGAGUCUACCUCUUCCUCCUCUCUCCCACUCGGUCGCGGUCACCCUGUGGAGUUGCAUUACAGUCCGAAUCCUUUUAGUUCGAAGGGGAGAAAGCAGGAAACGUUAGGUUCCAUCCAUUAGGUAGUAAAUUAAUAGGCUUGGCUUUGUAUAAGGAGUUUAACUCACCCUCGAUCGAGAUUUUACGGUUUCCUCUAGUUUCUUGCUCUAAUAAACAAAGAUUUGAUGGUGUAGAAACCGUCUCUUUCAUGGAGAAGAGAGUCUAGAUCUACGCUCCAUCUCGUUCGCUAUGACGGACCCAAAAGUCGCCCAGGCUAUUGCCGAUGGACGAGUCCCCAAGGGAGUAACGGCGGCCUACCUCAACCAGUCCAAAGAUGCACCCGCCAUUGUGGGUAUUAUCUUGGUAACUUGUCUAACGAGUAUUAUUGUUCUUGGCCGUCUUGCAUCACGAGCAUUCCUCAUCCGACGAUUUGGCCUCGAUGAUUCUCUGACUUUGGUAUCAUGGGUAAGUCCUUUUUCUUUUAUUCUCCGUCACUGGACCCCAUCGCGGGUGUCGAUCCCUCCCCACUGGUGUAACAUCGUCAAGAAAACUGACAGAUCGGUUAGCUUUGCUUGGUAGUAUUCGUUGGCCUGUGCAUCAAGCUCAUCCAGCUGGGUUCUGGGCGACAUUUCGACUAUAUCCAAUAUGUUCUCGACAUGCCGACGAUUGAAUACACCGAAGUUCUCGACUUUGGCGCCCAUAUUGUCUAUACGGUCGCGCUGUUGUUCUGCCGAAUGUCCGGUUUGGCGUUCUACCAUCGACUCUGCGCUGUUCACGACCGUCUUCGACUCUCCAUCAAGAUCGUGCUUGGCAUUUUGAUCGCUGGAUUCUUACCGCAAGUUUUCCUUAUUGUGUUUCAUUGUACGCCUGUUACGGGACUUUGGCCAUAUGAGUGGCAGCCUGAUUUUGACAAGUAUACUUGCUUGCAAUGGGGAUUGGUCUAUAGCGUCAAUUCGUCGGUGUCGCUGGUCUGCGACUUGUUGCUGUUUGGUAUCCCAAUCGUGAUGCUUCGAGUGUUGGAGAUGCCGAGGAAGCGAAAAAUCCAAUUGGGAUGCAUUCUUUUGCCUGGUAUUAGUGUCAUUGCCAUCUCUAUUACACGGCUGGUGUUUGUCAUUGAAGGGCAAUGGAACGCCGACAUGUCUUGGGCUUAUAACCCAAUGCUUGCCAUCGAAGUCAGUGAAAUCGGCGCCACCCUCAUCGCCCUCUCAGUCCCAGGCGUAAAGCCCCUGUUCGACAAGUUCAUUCUCCGACGAGACAUCAGCCAGGGCGAGAGCACAGGAAAGUCACGAUACGCACAGCAACACAGUUCCAAGGGCGGCACAGCAUUGCGAUCACUGCACUUCCGUCCCGAACACGAUGUCCUCACCAGUCGCGACACGUCUGCCGAGGGGAUCAAGACGUAUCGCACGAAGAAUGUCUCGGCGGAUAAUACGAGUGAGAACAGUGCGGAUGGCAUUUUGGUGCAGGUGGAUUUUAGGAUAAAGGAGGAUACGCAAGACUCGAAAAGUGGGAGCGAUGCUGGACGGUCGUGGAAAUAAUGGAAUGGUCUCUUUGAUGUGUUAUGUAUAAGUAAACUUUUUGGGAUGGAUUGCAAGCGAUGACAUUCAGGAAGGCAAUGAUCGGGCGGCUUUAUUCUUCUUCUGCAUGAAUACUCUUUACGAGACGGUGAUAUCAAAUUCGCCUGAAGUUUUACUCAUUUUCCGUGGCUCUUGUCUGCCGUGAAGAAACCUUAGGACCUUUACCCUAAGCGAUGAAAAUGUUUAGACAAUCUGGCCUAAGCUUAGAGGACUCUUUACUGAGUUUAUUUUGCCAUCCUCUUUUAAAAGUCUCAAAUUUUCUUGCUCCUUGAGGUCUGCUUCUUGUGAUGUUCGGUUCCUGAACCCUCCCGACACGCUGGGUGCACCCAGCUGUCACCAUCCUCCCAUGCACAAUACAUGCACGUCAAAUCCCACUUCUAGAAGGAUUCAUCUCUUCUUUCGUAACAGAAACAAAUUCACCUUCCAUAUUCAUUUCAUCUUCUCCAUCAAACACGGCAUCAACGACCCGAAUAUGAAGAGCCAUUAU